UGAUAGUAACGAUUUUGAUUAUCAUCACGUCCCAUUUUUAUAUUUAAAUCAUUUGUAGAUCUUAAAUUAUUAUAUUGAUUUUGGUUUGUAGUUGAUAGUAGUCGUUAAAAAUGUGGUUCGCUUUGUUUUUCGUUUUGGUUCCAUUCGUGGCUGCUGCUGAUAAGGACUUUAUUAAUUUCGGUGAAUUCGUGUGUCCCAGAGAAGAGAAAGCACUAGGCAGAUGUCUCCGCGAUGCGCUGAACGCCUACAUUCCUCAACUAGCAACAGGAGUGCCAGAGUACGGAGUACCACCAUGCGAGCCCCUGAUAGUGCCAGCCCUCUCCAUCCAGCAGUCCUCAGGCCCCAUAUCUGUGAGGUCCAGUUACUCCAAUGUGACAGUACAAGGACCUUCCAAAAUGCGAGUGAAAGAUGUUGAUGUUAGCAUACAACUGCGUCGCGUAGUGGCGAGACUGUACAUCCCUGAUCUGCAGAUGACUGGCAACUACAGGGUGACAGGCAAGCUCCUCAUGCUGCCCAUUGAUGGACAGGGACAGUUCGCUGCUAAAUAUGGUGACAUCGAUGCGACAGUGACGAUAAUACUGGGACGUCAGCCUCGCCCUAACGGCGUAGAUGCCCUCAAAUGUGAAGACCUGGCAGUCUCCUUCCAUGUCGGACACGCGACAAUGAAGCUAGGCAACCUAUUCGGAGCAGAUGAUGAGUUCAGUCAUUCACUGAACCAGUUCCUCAAUGACAACUGGCAGAAGUUGAUCGAAGAGCUGCAGACGCCCAUGGAAGUAGCUCUGAGGGACUUCUUGAAGCCUCUAGCAGAUCACACAUUCUCUACUUUAAACGCUGACGAUAUUCUAUCCAAUUAA